CAACAGCAACUUGUUCGUUGUUACAGAAUGGGAGAACGACUUCUUUCAGUUUCAAAGAUGAUUUCCCCCUCAAUGUUUUCUGGCCAACCCAUUCCCGUUCGCAAUCUACCGAUUAGUUUGUCAUUCUUGAAUGCGAAUUUGCAGUCUUCAAGGUAUGGGGUUAACAGGACUCCAUCCUUCAGAAGAACAAAUUGUAGUAGAGCUGUGAUGUCUGAGGUUGGUAUGAAGAAAGAGCACCUUAGGGUUGGGGCAGAUUCGAGUGGUCCCAUACCUCCCCAUCAGCUUCUCCAAGUGGUUCAAGCUGCGGCCAUGACUGGUGCUGAGGUUGUAAUGGAAGCUGUGAAUAAACCUAGACAGAUUAGUUAUAAAGGAUUAACUGAUCUAGUAACCGACACAGAUAAAAAAAGUGAAGCUGCUAUUAUGGAUGUCGUUAGACAGAGUUUCCCAGAUCACCUAAUUCUUGGAGAGGAAGGAGGAUUUACUGGGGAUGCAUCUUCUGACUAUCUCUGGUGUAUCGACCCUUUAGAUGGGACCACAAACUUUGCACACAGCUACCCAAGCUUUGCCGUAUCUGUGGCAGUUCUUUUUAGAGGAAAACCGGCUGCUUCUACUGUGGUAGAGUUUGUGGGUGGCCCUAUGUGCUGGAACAAUCGCAUAUACACUGCAGCUGUUGGCAGAGGUGCAUUUGCUAAUGGUCAAAAGAUAAAUGUCAGCAACACUGAUAAGGUGGAGCAAUCGCUCCUAGUGACGGGAUUUGGUUAUGAUCAUGAUGGUUCCUGGGCUGCCAAUAUGGAAUUAUUCAAGGGAUUUACUGGCACCAGCAGGGGUGUGAGAAGGCUGGGUGCUGCAGCAGUAGACUUGUGCCAUGUGGCUCUUGGAAUUGUUGAAGCCUAUUGGGAAUAUCGUCUAAAACCAUGGGACGUAGCUGCUGGAGUUCUGAUAGUAGAAGAGGCUGGAGGUUUAGUUUCCUGCAUGGAUGGUGAAAGUUUUCGUGUAUUUGAUAGGUCUGUCUUGGCUUCAAAUGGUGCCCUUCAUGAUAAGCUUAUUGACAAAAUUGGUCCUGAAACAGAAAAACUGAAAAGCAAAGGAGUUGACUUCUCGCCCUGGUUCAAGCCUGAAGCUUAUAAAACCGAUUUUUGAGAAACUUAUUUGUUUGCUGCUAUGUGAAUAUGAUUUAGAUGACAGCGGAAUGGAAUCUCACCCAGUAGUGACCCAAAAGCAUUGUUUUACUGUCAUGAAAUUGUGUAUUGGUUUGAAUUUUACAAGCUGCCAAUAAAGUAAGCAAUUGAUUACUUACACAAGGACCAUAAAGAAUAUGAAAUGAUAAUACCAACUAUUA